CAAAUACCCGAAAAUCUUUGGUCACUUCUUUUAUAAUAAUCUUCACGAAUGGAGAGGCAUGCGACACUUUCCCUGCGAUUGCUAUUCCGUCUUCCUCAUCUCCACGAAAGAUGGUCAUCCUCCAUGCUUUCGCUUUCCCGCGUUCUCCGCGCCAUGAUCCUCCUUUUCUCUCCAUAGCUUCACGGUCCAAUGGAGGUAUGUUUGUGCAUCGAUGGCGAGCAAAAAGCCCUGGAAUAGUAUCUUGCAUCUCCGACGGGCGGGAUACCAGCGCUAAGUUGGAGAAGAAGAGGAAAGUAGUUGAACAUUUGUGUUUACUCAAAGCGAAAGAGGAUUUAUCCAAGGAAGAAGAGAAGGAUAUGCUUGAUUAUCUCUAUACAUCCCAAUAUCAAAUGAGAGGCAUUGUCGCCAUAUCCCUGGGUAACAUCAGUGACAGAAACGAGGGAGAUUACACGCAUGCUCUGUACAUGAGAUUCCAGAGGAAAGAAGAUCUUGAAAAAUUUUAUGAGAAUCCUUUCUUCCUCAAAGUUCUCCAGGAGCAUGUAACACCAUACUGUCAUGGGUUAAUUAAUGUGGACUAUGAAUCAGAGGUUGAAGAUGACAUCCUUCCAAUAUUUCGCAAGGGUGAGGAAUUCAACUAUGGAGAAGAGUUUGUGCUUCUGAUUGCAUUUGCUGAAAAUGCUUCAGAUGAACACAUCAAAGAUGCUUUGAAAUCUUUUAGGAUCCUAACUGCAUCUUCUCCGUCGUUAAUUGUCCAGUCAACGAUAGGUUCAAACUUGAAUGGGAGAGGCAAGGAAUUCACGCAUGCAGCAGUAGUCCGAUUCCGUUCCCUGGAGGCAUGGGAGAUUUUCCUCGGUGGCUCGGAGUAUAAAAACGUGUGGGGGUCUAAAUUUGAGCCCAUCAUAGAGAAAGCAGUAGGGCUUCAUUUUUCGGUGGAUCCUGUGGGCACCGACAUCAUGUAGGAGCAGCGACCAAGGGACAGUGUAUGGUGUGGUCGUUUGAAACACCUGCAUUAAGAAGACCCCUCAAAUGAAAGAACGAUGUUGACAGUUACAUGUUGCACAUACUUUUUCCCAAAAUUUACAUUUUACUACUUAUUCCGAGUUCACAAUUAACCAUGAAGCAGGCUGCAGACUCAUCAACAAACCCGAUUUGGAAUAUUUUUAUAUAUA